GAGACCUUUUUCCUCCCCAUCCUCUCCUCCCUCAAUGCUGUGUUUUCAUGGAUUGUGUCUGUCUAUUUCUAUCUGACGGAUUGGAUUGCAGCUCUGGAUUUGACUGAGAGUAGAUUGGACUUUGGCGACAGCAGCAGCAGCUCAACACGACCGCCACUGUCACCUCAAUAGAGAGAAUUACAGUCAGGUGGCCUGUGAUUGCCGAAAGGCGUUUGCUGCUGCGAUGUUCCAGGAGAGGGUAAUCAGCGCGGCUCAGCCACGUCUGCCAGCACACUUGUGAAAGAGGCCGGCUGUGCGUGUCGGUUGGUGGAGAGAGGGGCGAGCGCGAGAGAGAGAAGGGUAUGCUUCACCGUACCAAAUACAACCGCUUCAGGAACGAGUCCGUGACAUCCGUCGAUGAGCUUCUCCACGGCCUGUCCAUGAACCCCAAGGUCUCGGCCCCCCCGCAGUCCGCAGCCGACACGUCUUACACCCCGCCGACUGAGCUCCAGCCCUCCGCCGCCGCCGCCGCCGCUUCCAGCACCCCCACCGGCCACGGCUCCGACCACCCGGACGAUGGAGGCACCACCCUCUGUACCCUCAUCAACAAGGUGUCCGGCCUGAAAUUCAGCAACUCGGGCAGCCUGCUGGGCAUCAAGGGCCUGCCCUCGGCCGUCAAGGACCUGGCCGCGUCGAAGCUGCAGGGGGGCGGGGGCUCGGGCCCCGGCGCGGCGCCGGCAGCAGCCUCCGGUGCGGGCGGCUCUCUGUGCGGCUCGGCCUCUCACUCGACCCCCGAGCCGGCCGCCGGCACGAGCAAGAAGAGCAGGCCGGACGAGCCGCCGCCCGGCGGAGAGGACUGCAGUCCAGGUGGAGGUGGAGGACCGGAGACCAAACCCUCCAGAGGAUGGCGACACUCCAGCGAGAAGAUCUCCGGUCCAGGGGUGACAUACAUCGUGAAGUAUCUGGGCUGUAUAGAAGUCCUUCGGUCGAUGAGAUCCUUGGAUUUCACCACAAGAUCACAAAUUACUAGGGAAGCCGUCAGCCUGGUGUGUGAGGCUGUUCCAGGGACCAAAGGAGCUCUGCGGAAGAGAAAGCCACCUUCAAAAGCUCUGUCCAGUAUCUUGGGGAAGAGCAACCUGCAGUUUACUGGCAUGUCCAUCAACCUGAAUAUCUCCACCAGUAGCCUCAACCUGAUGACGCCCGACUGCAAACAGAUCAUAGCGAACCAUCACAUGCAGUCCAUCUCCUUCGCGUCAGGGGGAGACCCUGACACCACCGAUUAUGUUGCCUAUGUAGCAAAGGACCCGGUGAACAGGAGAGCAUGUCACAUCCUGGAGUGUUCUGACGGGCUGGCCCAGGAAGUCAUCAGCACCAUCGGCCAGGCCUUCGACCUCCGCUUCCAGCAGUACCUGCAGUGUCCACUGGGAAAACUGACCUCCACACAUGACAGGGUAUUAAACAUGGAGGAGUUGCCAUGGACGGAGGAAGAGGAGGAGUCAGCAGAACAUCCGUACUACAACAACAUCCCGGGCAAGAUGCCCCCCCCUGGAGGCUUUAUAGACACCCGGCUGACCAAUCACAAUGCAGCGCCUGACGGGUCCCAGACGGGCCCAUCUUCAGUAGAUCAGACAUAUUACCAAGGGCGGCACUGUGGGGAAAACUGGGGAGAUGAAAGAAAGUCUACAUUCAUACAACAGGGAUCGUUUGACAUCAACAGCCUCCCCGAGAGUAAAGGUCCGGCACCGAAAACAGGAGAGCUGCCCGCGUAUGUGAACACUCAGCAGAUCGACGCCCAGGUGCUGGCGGCGCUGCAGGCCGAGGCGGACCAUGUGACCAAGGGCAUGGCAGCCAGAGAGAGCCCCCAGAAGGACCUGUUUGACAUGAAGCCCUUCGAGGACGCCAUUCAGCGCCGGUCCCACCCGCCGCCCCAGGGCCCGGCCCCGCCCCCGGUCUCCGGCCUCCACAAGGCGGCGUCCGUGGACAGCUCCAGCCCUCUUCUUCUGGUGCGCUCGGUGGCCCUCCGGGCGCAGGAGGAGCUGGAGGGCCGGACGUGGUACCACGGCAAGAUGAGCCGCCGGGACGCCGAGCAGCUGCUGAGGGAAGACGGGGACUUCCUGGUUCGUAAGAGCACCACCAACCCGGGGUCCUACGUCCUGACGGGCAUGCACAACGGACUCGCCAAACACCUGCUGCUGGUGGACCCCGAAGGCACGGUACGGACAAAAGAUCACAUAUUUGACAGCAUUAGCCAUCUUAUCGGCCAUCACCGUGACAACAGUCUCCCGAUUGUGUCAGCUGGGAGUGAACUGUGUCUCCUUCAGCCUGUUGGAAGGAAACAAUGAUGCCUUCACUGCCCGGUGGGAAAUGGGAAGCUCUGAACAGUCCUUCCCACCGUCCUGAAACGCGAAGAGGAGAUACUCGGAGGCUCUUCGCGCCGACGGCCCGCGGUUAUUUACUGGAGAAACCGGAAGAUACGAGAUUUGUUAAAGAUGAAAAAAAAACACAAAUAUUUAUAGAAGUGUUAUUAUUUUGUUGCGAUGACUGAAAUGCUGUAUUUUUGAGAAGACAGAGGUGCAUUUGGACAUAAUAUCUUAAUUUGGUGUUUUAAAAGAUUUGAAAAAAUAAAGACAAUUGUUCUUCUAGUUUAGAUGAAGUGCAAAACAAACCUCAAAGAGGAGUUGACAAGAGUAUUUUAGAAUACACAUCUGAAAUUUUAGUUUUGUCUGUCAAGCACAACCACAUUUCUACAGGAACCGUUGGCGAGGAGGUCGAGGAAACUACAACAAAUACCGUUUGUAGUUAAUCACUUCCGAGGGGAUCUCUUUUAAUCCCACCACGAAUGUGACGGCUCUCUCAGAGUCACGAUAUGAAAUCUGCUGUUAUUGGGGAAACUAAAUGUGUUUUGCUUUGCAGUUUCACAAAGUGUCGGGGGGGAAACACACAUCCUUCAUCGUGCUGUCGACGGCUUUAAAGAAACCUUUUUUACCGAGUAUUUCCUCGCGUCACUGCAGUCGCAUGACUUCAAAUCAACCGUUCUCGUGGACAUUGUUCGUCGACCUUGAUGCCCCUUUAUUUGGAAGAGGUGCUCGUGUUUGCUCACACUGUAACAUAUAUUUAUGCUUUUUAACCAGUGGUUAUUUCCGAAUUGUUCGUUUUCUCUAGAUUCUUCUUUACGGUGUGUAGUAAAUGAUUAGUUGUGGGGCUUGAGUCAUGCAAAUGGUUAUUCUCACAUUCCUUAUUAGCAUUUUAUGCUUCUUCUUUUAUUUUCAUUUUUUAAAAACUUUUAAGUUAUGAUUCGAGCGAUCACAAAUGAAUAGCACAAUCAGAAAGUCCGAUCGGUCCGGUCGUCUGCGUCAGUUGUACCACGAUGAACUAUCAAUGUGUUGAGUUGUGAUUAACACUUUUUUACUUAAGAUCAAUUAGACAAACAGUGUGCACCUGAUGUACAGAAUGUCAUGUUUAAUAUUGGAUCACCUUCACUUAUCGAUGUUAAACAAAAGUAUAUGUUUUUCUCCGCGUGCUGAUUUCUCGUGGCAACACGACUGCGUUGCCACUAGGUGUCCUCACAGGAACACGUGCUUACUCCUGCCAGCACCACUCCCUUCACUUCUCUUGUGUUUGUACUUAUGAGGAGCAAAGGAAGCGGGCUUUGUGUUACUUUAAGUAUGGUACACAGGGGAAUACACGACAACGGGUCAGAGUUCAUUUGCUUUUUGCAGUCCACUGUACACACUCAUUCCUCAGAGCAGUUUACUGUCACCAGUGUUCUACUUUGUUUGUAGAGUUGGAAUCAGAACAUUUGAAAUGGCUGAUAGAAAUAGACAUACUUUUGAAACGCUCUCCUCCUGACCGUCGUCGGGACUCUGAUGGAUACCAAAUGAAUGGGGCAUUGUAUUCGAUAUGCACCGGACCACUUCGACUGAACCCACAUCAGCAUGUGUUCAAUGGGUUUGACAAGACAGAUGCAAUGUAAUAUAACGUGCCUGUAUUUUGCUGCAAGAGGGUACAGUUCAUGCAUCUCACAACAACACAUGUUUUAGCGAGGAUUUGGGAUCGUCAUGGAAACGUCCACCACCAGCUUCGUUUUGGUUUCAGCCGACGAGACUUUCCUUGAUUCCUCGUGUCCCUUUGAGCACGAGGCGAGGUGUGAAGAAAAGGGCACGGAGAAUCGUUAAGUUCGCUUUAUGAACCGUAAUUCACCGUUUACUUUUAGUCCGAUUAUUUGUGAUAUGAUUUGAUCAAAUCGCAUAUCUUGGGAGAAGAUGUGCUAAAUAAAUUUUAAAAACACAACGCUAAUCUCAAGAAUGCUGUUGAGAUUAGUCUUUACUUCUGAAGAGCAAAUUUAUAGAAUCACCUGGG